GGUUCCUUUCUUCUCCCAAAUGGAUGAUCAACUCCUCGACGCCAUAUGCGAGCGUUUAGUUUCCUCCCUCAGUACCAAAGGCACCUACAUCGUUCGGGAGGGCGACCCCGUGACCGAGAUGCUCUUCGUAAUCCGCGGAAGGCUCGAAAGCUCCACUACCAACGGUGGAAGGACGGGCUUCUUCAACUCCAUAACAUUGCGGCCUGGCGAUUUCUGCGGCGAAGAGCUUCUUUCUUGGGCCCUCGUUCCAAAGUCGACGACCAACCUUCCCUCUUCCACGAGAACCGUCCGGACUCUCGUCGAAGUCGAGGUUUUGGCUCUGCGAGCGGAAGAUCUGAAGUUCGUGGCAAAUCAAUUUCGAAGGCUCCAUAGCAAGAAGCUGCAGCAUACUUUCCGGUUCUAUUCACAUCACUGGCGGAACUGGGCGGCGUGCUUCAUUCAAGCUGCCUGGCGACGGUACAAGAGGAGGAAGAUGAUGAAGAGUUUUAGCUUGAGCGAAUCUUUCUCUUCACGGGCUGAAAGCCAAGCGAAUCCGGAAUCUGAGCAGGAGGAAGAUGGCAGCCCGAGUGCAGCUGAAUCGUCUCAACCUAAGCAGAGCAUCAGGUCUAUGAUGCUGGCUUCAAAGUUUGCUGCUUAUAGUAGGAAAGGUACUCAUAAGAGCAAAGGUGUUGAUAUGCCUAAGUUGAAGAAGCCUGAUGAGCCUGAUUUUUCUGCUGAUUCUUUUGACUAGUGGGUAAGUAUAUGCUGCUUUUAAUCAGAUGAUUUCUCUCGACAGCUGAGGAAUCUUUCAGUGUGGUUCUCAUUUGUAAUGUAAUAAUGAUUGUAAGCAUAUAUACAAAUUUAGAAUGUAAUUUACAUUUUGUGCAAUCUUUGGCUAUUAUAGUAAUAUUGAUAUUCUGAAAGUC